GAGGGAGGUUAGGCAGGCAUGCGUCGCUGUCUCUGCCCCCAGCCCUUGUGCCCUCCUGCCGCCUCUCUCUCCUCCCAACUCUUGUGCUCCCCCCUCUCCCUCCCGCUGGCUCUGACGCCGCUGCACGAAGCCUUUAAUGGCUUCAGAGCUCAGCCACAUUCAAUGGCCAUCGUCCGUGCUGGUGCUGCCACACCACACCGCUGUAGAUAGACAGGGCCAACCCCUCUCCCUCUCUCUCUCUGUGGACCAUUUAUUCCCAGCGCCACAGCUACAAGGAACGCCUGCCCAUGUGAGCGCGAUCCCUGAUAUAAGUAGCAGGCUAGCAGCGGUACCCUACUCCCCGGCUGCUUCCCUCAUUCAUUCAUCAGUGAGUGCUUAACUACCUCCAAGCUCCAGUCGAGCCGAUCGAGCUGAGGGAACUCCCGCCCUCCCCCAUGAAGCUCCUGCUACUUUACUCCUCGCUCCUGCUUCUCCUUUUGCUACUAUCCUCCCAGGGCCUAGCCUCUACUACUCAAGGUAGAGGGCCGCUGCAUUACCAGCUCAAGGAGGCAGCUCCAAAGGUGGCGGAGGGCGCGGAGGCGAUGUCGGCGGUGAGGAUCGGGUCGAGGCCGCCGCGGUGCGAGGGGCGGUGCGCCCUCUGCGGCCGGUGCGAGGCGGUGCAGGUGCCGGUGGCGCCGCGGCGCAAGGGGGGGAGCCACUUCCGCCUGUCCGGAGCCUUGGGCGGCGGGGACGACGACGAGGGCUCCACCAACUACAAGCCGCUUAACUGGAAGUGCCGGUGCGCCGACAGGAGGCCGAUCCUCAACCCGUGACGGCCGACGCCUGCUCAAGAAGAAGAUGCUUGACGAGCCUCCGGCAUCUUUGGUCCAUCCCAUCACAGAUCACAUGGCUGCUGUAAGUUGUUGGGAGAGGCUGCAUGCGCUAAGAUCAACUACACUACUGUACAUGGCUGUGCAAGGAGUGGUUGUUGGGACAAGUUUUGGUCAGUUUGUUUAGGUAUAGAGUUUAUGAUGAUGAUGAUGAUGAUGCUGGAUGAUCAACUACAUGCUGCUAGUAAUUUGGAGGUGUUGCACUAACUGAUCAGCUGCUUCUGAGUUCCCCUAUAUUGUACUAUAAGCUUGGUGGUGUAAUUAAGAGACUGAUAUCACUUCGUGUUGUCGCUCUGAUGGACUAACAAGGUCCUGUCAACACAUUGGUACUACUAAACAUACGCGACCUUUUCUGGAUCGUCUGGAAAAACAAAAAAGAUGAAUGUCGGAUG